AUGGCAGGCCUUCCCAUUUUCUCCGCGACUUCCACAAAUGCCAGACAACUCUACCUGCUCCUGAGAUGUAUUGCUUUCUCUCAACGUGCGGAGGUGCAGAUUACACAGUCAGGCAUGAAAUUCUCUGUGGAGGAAGCUCGAGUUGUCCAAGGUCUGACCUUUCUCGAUAAAGCGCUGUUCUCGACAUACAAUUUGAAUCUUGAUGAUGAAGAGCAUUCAUUGCCUCCUUUCUCGAUUUCAAUCGUUGCCCUUCUCGAAACACUUCAAAUCUUUGGCAUAGCCGAAGCCAAUUCUUCUUCACGACAUCCCUAUGGGGGGUUUUCUUCCUCUUAUGGAAACGCUUUCAAUGCUCCCGCUCUCGCAGUUGGUGGAACAUGUCGAAUUUCAUAUCAAGAAGCUGGCGCACCUCUCACUAUCACGAUCGAAGAUGGCUCAGUCACGACAACCUGCGAAAUGAAUACCUACGAAACGAACGAGACCUAUGACGAUGAUGGUGACAUACCUCUCGAUCGAAAUGCUCUAUGCAUGAAAGUGAUCAUGAAAAGUACUUGGCUGAAUGAUGCAAUUUCAGAGCUUUCGGGCACCAAUCCGUCAGUCCUUGUCCUCAGCGCUUCAAGCCGCUCCGCCCCAUAUUUUGCACUAGAAGGUGAAGGAGGUCCAUUUGGAGACAGUACCGUGGACUUUAUGCCAAACUCAAAGACCGAGCCUACUCCGAGUGGACCUAGAGGGAAGAGACAACCCCUCGUCACCGAAACUUUCUCGGUGGUUGCUCCGUCCGGAAGUCAUAACAGAAUCAGACAGAGGUACAAAUUUGACAUGGUCAAAAGAGCAGGGAGAGCCAUGGCGCUGGCAAGCAAAGUCAGUAUCCGUCAAGACCAGCAAGGAGUUUUGAGUCUCCAAUUCAUGAUUGACCUGGGUGACGGUGCCAAUGCUGGUCCACGUCAAGACGAGGUCAAUGGUUCUGUUGGGGCUCCACCGUCUCCCGGAAGCGUUGCCUUUGUUGAUUUUCGUUUUGUUCCACUAGUUGGCGAUAAGGAAGAAUACGAAAGCGAGACCGACUCUGAAGAAGACAUCGAUAGCCAAGAACCCCAUAUCGCUGAAUGA